AUGGAUGCCACCGAGCUGCACUCCUGUGAGGACACAAACUUUUUGUAUAAACUGGUUCAAAAAGUUUUGCAAUUUCUUUCAGCCUUCCCAUCAGAACCAACGAGAUACAAUAAUGAUGAGAUCAGGAUUGUGAUGGUGGGGAAGACCGGAGCUGGAAAGAGCGCCGCAGGAAACACCAUUCUGGGAGAAGAAUAUUUUAAAUCAGAGUUCUCCCCUAACUCUAUGACUAAACACUGCGCUAAGGCCAUUGGUGAAGUGGAAACACAAAAGGUUUCUCUUAUUGACGCUCAGGGUGUUUUUGACACCAGUAUUAAGAAAAAGGAAACCAUCAAAAAUAUUGCUCAGAGCAUUGCUUAUCCUUCUCCUGGACCUCACAUCUUCCUGGUUGUUAUCAAACUGGGCAGAUUCACAGAGGAAGAAAAGAAGACGGUGCAGAGGAUUCAGGAAAUCUUUGGAGAGGAAGCAGACAAAUACAGCAUGGUUCUCUUUACCCAUGGUGACCUGCUCAAAGGGAAACCUAUUGAGGAGUUCUUGAAGACUAGCAAAGAGCUGCAGGAACUUGUGACCAAAUGUAACGGCCAGUACCACGUCUUUAAUAAUGACUUGAAGGACCGUUCUCAGGUCAGGGAGCUGUUUGACAAGAUCAGAAACAUAAUAAAGAAGAACGGAGGAAGUCAUUACACCACUGAAAUGUUCCAGGAUGCAUAGAUGGAGAUAGAAAAGGAGAAACAACAAAUCCUUAAAGAUAACAAAGAGAAAAUGCUGAAAGAGCUGGAGAAUCAGCCACAUGGGGGUGCUGUAAUUUAAGGUUUUAAAUCAACUAUGAUCACAAAUUUAAACUCACAUAUAAUAUCUACAAUAGCACUGAUCUUUUGCAAAACAUGCAUUUGGCAUUUAGGAAAUUAUAUAUGUAGGUCAAAGGCAAGACUGAAACUGACAGUUUGGCUAUUUCAAAAGAAUGGCAUUUCUACAUAAAGCAUUACAUGAAACUCUCUGUAUAAAUGUUCCACUAUGUUCACCAGAUAGUCUAUAACUGUGUGUGUCGGCUUUUGCUGCUGAGUAGAUAGUGAACAACAGUGGCUUUUUACAGCUUCUUCUUUGAAAACAUUGUCCUGCUGCUGCUGAAAACGAUGCUCUGAAAGUGGUGAGAAUCAAUCUCAGUUGUGUUUUAAAACUAGCAUCUGUUGAACUACUAACUGGGUUUGCAGGUCACAUGUUCAUCUCACAUCAUGUUGUGAACAGAGACUAAGAACUACAAUUCAAAGGGAUGGCUAAACUGUAUAUGCACACUUUAUUUUUCUCAAUUUAAAAGAACUGGUGGCAUUUCUUGUAAAUGCUGAUGAGAGGAGUGAACAGGGUUUGCCGUUUACAGUGAGCAGAAGGGAGAGUGAAAAUGCAGGAGGACUGGAUAUUCAAGCUAGAUUAUAUAAAUACAUUUGGACAAUAAAGGGUGUAAAGCAUUUUAGUCAUUGAAAGGUUGAACAAGAACACAACACAUUAAAGUGAAAAGAGGAAAAAAGGGGGAAGAAAUAGCGAAGUGAACAAACAGAGGUUCAGCUGAAACAGUUUGCAAAUUCCUCUCAUUCUGGGAAAAAGAAUCAACUGCAAGUUCUAACUAGAUCAUUGUCUUACUAUUACAGCACAGAAAAAACAAGGAACAAUGAAAAAGCAGUAAAUCAAAACUGUGCUGGAUUAAAAUGAUAAGGAGAAAGCAGCAGCUGACUGCUGAAUGUACUAACUAAAUGUAUAUUGU